AUGAAGUAUGAUGGAACACAAGAUCCCUUGGAACACUUAACGGCCUUCGAGGCCAGGAUGAAUUUGGAAGGAGUAGGUGACGAGAGAGCCGGGGAGCCGACCAGGAAGUAUCUGAAUCGCUUCAACGAUGAGUGCCUCGAGAUCGACGGCUUGACGGACUCGGUGGCAAGUUUGUGUCUGACGAACGGCCUCUCGAAUGAGGACUUUAGGAAACAUCUUACCACAAAGCCCGUCUGGACAAUGCAAGAGAUCCAGUGCGUGGCCAAAGAGUACAUCAACGAUGAGGAAGUUAGCCGGGUCGUGGCUGCCAAUAAACGGCAACCCGUGUACAACCAAACCCGGCACUACGAGAGCAGAGAGAGGCCAAAGGAACACGCCAGGGACAGCGGUCUAGAGAAGGGGAUACUAUCGAGGCCCCGACCUCUGAAGGACAGGACGGGGGGAAACAAGAACCUAUACUGCGACUAUCACAAGGGUUACGAGCACAAGACCCAAGACUGCUUCGACCUAAAGGACGCCCUGGAACAAGCAAUCAGGGAUGGGAAACUUGCCGACUUCUCACACCUUAUAAGGGAGCCGAGGAGACGUAAUCAGGACCAUGAUAGCGAAGACAGGUCCCGGUCAACAAGGCGACGCCAAGAACCAGAGGGUGACGACCACGGCCUCACGGUGGUAAACGUAGUAACGGCCAGGAAUACCGCCCCAAGGUCAAAAUCGGCACAGAAAAAGGACGCCAAGGUCCUAACGGUCUCCUCCUCAUCUGCUAGAAGUUCCCGGGGUCUCCCAUCCAUCUCCUUCGGCCCAGAAGACCAAUGGUUCGAUGAGGUGCCGGAGAGCCCACCCAUGGUCAUUACGGCCAGGAUCGGAACAGGCCUCGUCAAACGAAUCCUGGUAGAUACGGGGGCAGACUCAAACAUCAUAUUUAGAAACGUUUUUGAUGCCCUGGGAUUGAGAGACGCCGACCUGUCGACCCACCAGCACGGUGUGAUAGGAUUGGGUGACCACUUCAUCAAGCCGGAUGGAACCAUCUCGCUCCCGACCUCCGUGGGGCAGGGGCAGAGACGAAGAACAGUCAUGGCAGAUUUUGUAAUCUUACGGGAUUCCACAGCUUAUAACAUUAUCUUGGGGAGGAAAACUAUCAACGACCUGGGGGCUGCCAUUAGUACGAAGCUGCUCGUGAUGAAGUUUAUUGCUGAUGACGGAUCCGUAAGAUCUAUCAGAUGA